GUGAUGUUACCAAAUCAUUAUUUAGAAUUAAAGCCAAGCUGACAUUUGACAUUAACUCACCGCCUGUCAGAGAGCAUGGGAGCAAUUAUAUAUCUCCUGAUUCUGGCGCUUCUCAAGGACUAUGGUCAUGGAGAGCCACAGGAAGGUAUUGCUGUGUAUGUUUUUCUGGGUUUAUUGACUUCUGGUGCCACUCAACAAUGCUUGGACAUAGACGAGUGUGUUGAAUCCCCAGAUAUUUGUGGGAAUUGGGGAACCUGUCGUAACACGGGUUGUAGCUACAUGUGCUUGUGUCCCAAUGGAUUUAGGAACUCUGGUGACAGACAAACUUCGUGUGUAGAGAAAGACAAGUGUGUUGAGUCCCCAGAUAUUUGUGGGAAAUGGGGAACCUGUCUUAAUCAGGUGGGUAGUUACAUGUGCCAGUGUCCCAAUGGAUUUAGGAACUCUGGUGACAGACAAACUUCUUGUGUAGACAUUGACGAGUGUAAUACAGACGGAGUAUGUGGAAAGAGGGGCAUCUGUCAAAACCUGAUUGGCAGUUACUGGUGCGAGUGUCCUGCUGGAUUUACUAACUUUGGCAAAAACCAAAAUAAGUGUGUAGAGCUUAAUUGUGACCAGUACGAAACACAGCCUGGACAGACUCUACCAGGCUUUGACAGUUUCUUGUCUCUGUUGAGAAACAACUGUUUGGUGUUGAACAACUCUACGUUGUCUGGACCUACAAGACCGCUGCCAACUGGAGAUGUGCUUUUGACAUUACUGGUUAAUACCACUGAUGUUCUUCAACUGGACCUCCAGUCCAAUGGUCACCGUAGUAGCAGUGAAGUGACUAAGUUACUGAAGACCAUUGGAAAUCUCGAUCAGACUGAUCGCUCCACUGCUGACCGAGAACGUGACCAGGAUAGAGACCAACCACACAGACGUUGAGAUUCUGGUGAGGAGAGACAAGACUCACCUAAAGGACCAGUCAGCCUGACCAAUGAGAACACUCAACUUGACACCACCUGGGAGACGGUGAUUGGAGAUUACCAGAAUUACCAAGGGUUUGCGUUUGUCGUUCUGCUCAGCUAUAAGAAUCUGGAUAGUCUGAAGGACACCACUUCUCGUCAGAACCUGCAGCUCAUGUCCAGUGCUUUGACGGUGUCCGUUAGCAACUCCAACACAACAAACCUGCCCCAACUGAUUAAUCUCACCUUCAAUCACCUGCAGUCCAGUGAUGUUGACCCCACCUGUGUUUAUUGGUCGGAUGAGAAUGGACCGGGGGUGUGGUCUGAGCUGGGUUGCACCUCAGUGAUGUCAAACUCCAACCAAACUGUGUGCUCCUGCAGCCAUCUCAGCACAUUCGCUCUGCUGAAGGGAAUCCAUCAGAAAAAGGGAACCGGGCAGCUGUCGUUGGUGAUGUGGGGGGUGUGUUUGUGGCACUGACCUGUGUGGUCCUGUCCCUGAUCACAACCCUGUGGUGUCGCUUUGUCAGCCGCAAACGCCGUGGAGGAAACCGGCUGAAACAGGAUGUACAACUCCAUAGAAAAUAAGACAUGGAUUUUAACUAUUUGUGUUCUAAGAAAAGCUUUACUUGGAAUGAAUUUGUAACGUUGUCUCUUGGCUUGCAAGGACAUCCACAUGCCAGCAUUUUUUAUUUAAGUAGUAUAAAAAUGUAUCAAACAAACAAAAAUAUAAGAACACAACUUUAUGUUAAUAGAUAUACAAUAUCUCAUGUAUAUAACUCUUAUCAGUUCUGGAGUGUAACAGAUGAGCUCUCAUCUCUAUGGCAACAUACAUAAAUGCUUUUACUCUUAAACAUGGUGUGUAAUUUGUAGAGAUGAGAAUAGUGGUAUAUCCACUCAACGCUGCAUUUGACCAGUAUUAUGCCACUUGGUUGUUGUUGUAACUGAGUUAUUUUAAGUGAAAGUAAUAUUUUUCCUGUUUAUUUUAGUGCUUGAGAAGGUAUUUAAUUCCAAAAAUCAUCUCGCUAUUAUUUCCUCCAUUCUGAUAUAAAUAUCUAAAUAUGAGUUGUCCGUUUCUUCAAAAAUAAAGCACGACAUCAUCCUGAAA